UUUCAAAAUCAGCGACCAGGGGCCUGUUGCACAAAAGUAGAAUUAAGACAUCCGGGAUAAAUGACUCAGCUGAGCUCAAUGAAGCCAAAACAUGUGCGUCCAGGCUUAAUUGGUUGCACAAAGACCAAGCCAGGAUGAGCAGACACGGAUUCAUUAAGCCAGGUGAAACCAAUCCUGGAUAGGUGCGCGCUCACGGCUCACUCAAAUAGACCCCGCCACAGAUCACAGAUUAACUGAUUUACCAUGGCAACUAGAGCCGCGUACUUUUCCCCGUCGGAAGCACAAAUCCUCAUGGAGGCAUACGAGGAGGUAAAAGAUAUAAUUAAGAAGAAAGGCAACACCGCCACAGUGAUAAAGCAAAGAGAAAAAGUGUGGCAAAGUAUUGCAGACCGCCUGAAUGCGUAAGUAGUGCACAAUUACACACUCACCGCUCCGCUGAAACAUCACAAUUACAAUUCAAAUAUUUAAUUCACAUCUCCAAAAAUGCAGUUGUACUGUAAUUAUGAAACGGUUAAAUUUUUAAUUGAAAUGCACUGCAGAUAUGAGUGAAAUUGUGUAAAGUAACUCCAUCACACUGUAUAAAGCUAUGAUACAUUUUUUGAUAUUUUUACUGAAAACAAGACAAAAAUACCAAGUAAUUUUUUGCAGUGUGACUCCAUUAAAUGUGUGUGUGUGUGUGUGUAGAUUAAACAUGAACGGGCCAAAACGGACAUGGCAGCAGGUCAAAAUCAAAUACAAGAACAUUCUGCAGAAUGCAGUGAAAAAGAAUACCCACAGACAAGGCACGGGUGGUGGGUCACCAAAGGCUGACCUUACCCCAGCAGAGGACAUGGCCUUGGAGCUAAAUAAAGGCAGGCCCGUCUUAGAGGGGAUCCCUGGGGAAAAGAGACGAGCAUAGGUUCCUCCCAAGGUGCCACCCGCUUCAUUCAAGUGCCUGGCAGCACUGUGUUCCUGUUAGAGCCACCAGCACAAGCACCAGACGAUGCUGAUCCAGGUGAAGGCCCCAGUGCAGCAGCAACAGCACAUGAUGGAGACGAUGAUGAGGAGGAGACCAUCUCUCUGGAUUCCAGAAGGCAUGAGGACCCAGAUGCUAUACAGUGGGAAAACCAGCCUGGCAACAUAGUGCGUAUUAAUAAAAGGACAUCACAUCCUGCCAAAUUCCAGCUGCGCUAAUUGUAUUGUGUUCACAGAGCUCACAAGCUAUCAGAAAGUUGUAUGGCAACCACCUUCCCAGCAAUCAGUACAACCAAGUCAUCGUUAUAAGGCAUCGCCCUCUUUUGCCCACCCCCCCAGCACCAGGUGUGGCCACUAGCCUAUAUGAAGGCCCAAAAUUGUGUGUUCCUUUCUGCUCUGACAAUGGCAUGCCCAUUCGUGCAAGAUGUGGUGGAUGAAGAAGCACUUGUGCUGAGGAGAGCCUUCAGGCGAGAAAGGGUCUUCAGGGACCGGUUGGACCCACUGGUCUUCCCUGAUGACCAUCUAUAUGAAAGAUACAGGUUUUCUGCAGAUGGCAUCAGGUAUCUAUGCAGACUACUGGGUCCCAGGAUUAAGCACCGCACUGCACGGAGCCAUGCACUGAGUGUGGAGCAAAUGGUUUGUGUGGCCUUGCGCUUUUUUGCUAGUGGAGCCUUCCUGUACUCAGUGGGGGAUGCAGAACAGCUGAACAAGGCCACAAUUUGCCGCACAAUAAGGAGUGUGUGUCUGGCUAUCAAAGCAUUAGCAGAUGUCUUCAUCUCCUUCCCUGGCCACAGAAGACUCUGUGACAUCAAAGAGGAGUUCUAUAGGAUUGCAGAUGGUCUGCAAUGCUGACUGUGUGAUCAGCAAUGUUGUGGCAAAAUGGCCUGGCUCAGUCCAUGACUCCAGAAUCUUUCGGGCCUCUGAAAUCUAUCAGUGCCUAUCACAAGGUGAAUUCUCUGGUGUGUUGCUGGGAGACAGGGGGUAUGGCUGCCAGCCUUUUCUCCUGACACCUUUCACAGACCCCCAGGAAGCACAGCAGGCCUACAACCAUGCCCAUACCAGGGCCAGAGUUGAAAUGACCUUUGGCCUCCUGAAGGCACGCUUUCACUGCCUUCACAAAUUAAGGGUCAGCCCUGUUAGGGCAUGUGAUAUUACUGUGGCUUGUGCUGUCCUCCACAAUGUGGCCUGCCUGAGGAAGGAGAGGGCCCCCAGAGUGCCACCAGCCAUGGACUGGGACAAUCCGGCAAUCUUCCCUGAUGACGACAGUGGUCGGCUGCUGAGGGACCAAUAUGUGUUGAAUUAUUUUAGUUAGUAUGUGUGCUUUCAAUUUUGGUUAAAUAUGUCCUGCGGUGGCAGAGGAAUUUGGGUUU